GGUGUAAUGUGGUCAUGGCGAUGAGCAUUACUGACGUGGAUGAUAAAAUAAUCAAGAGAGCUAACGAGAUGUGCUGAUGUCCUUGUCUGACCUCGUGCAGAUGAACGUGUCGCCCGCUUCUCUCGCCAGUCGUUUUGAGGAAGAAUUUAAACAAGAUAUGGCAGCCCUGAAGGUUCUGCCGCCAACAGUGUACUUGAGAGUCACCGAGCACAUCCCUCAGAUCAUUGCUUUCAUCAAGGGCAUUGUUGCUCACGGCCAUGCUUACUCGACAGCCGCAGGCAGCGUCUACUUCGAUCUGCGCGCCCGAGGGGACAAGUAUGGCAAGCUGGUCAACACGGUUCCCAGUGCCACUGCAGAGCCAGCAGGUGACUCCGACAAGCGGCACAACAGCGACUUCGCCCUGUGGAAGGCAGCCAAACCUCAGGAGGUGUUCUGGGCCUCACCAUGGGGGGACGGCCGGCCCGGAUGGCACAUAGAGUGCUCUGCCAUGGCCAGCGAGGUGUUCGGAAGCCACCUGGACAUCCACACCGGCGGCAUAGACCUGGCUUUCCCACAUCAUGAAAACGAAAUCGCGCAGAGCGAAGUCUUCCACCAGUGUCAGCAGUGGGGAAAUUACUUCCUACAUUCUGGUCAUUUGCAUGUGAAAGGCACAAAAGAAAAGAUGUCCAAAUCCCUAAAAAACUACAUCACCAUUAAGGACUUCCUGCAGACCUUCUCCCCCGACGUCUUCCGGCUUUUCUGCCUGCGUACCAACUAUAGGUCAGCCAUUGAGUACAGUGACAGUACCCUGGUGGAAGCCAAGCACCUGCUGCUGGGGCUGGCCUCUUUUGUGGAGGAUGCACGAGCCUACGUAAAGGGGCAGCUGACCUGUGGCCCUGUUGAGGAGGAUGUGCUGUGGGAGAGGCUGGCUGGCACCAAGAAAGCCGUGAAAGCUGCCCUAGCCAAUGACUUUGACACACCGAGGGCAGUGAACACCAUCCUGGACCUUGUGCACCAUGGAAACCGACAGCUCAGGGCAGUCUCCAAGGAAGCUGGUGGCCCAAGGAGUCCCACCGUGUUUGGGGCCAUCAUUUCCUACAUUGAACAGUUUUUCGAGACUGUUGGCAUUUCUCUGGCUCAUCAACAGUGUGUUUCAGGAGACGGCAGCACAGUAACGCUGCGCUGUGUGGUAGACGAACUUGUGCGCUUCAGGCUGAAGGUCCGCCAGUAUGCACUGGACACAUCCGGGGCUGCUGGGGAGGCUCGGAAACAGCAGCUCCGGGAGCGGCAGCCCUUGCUGGAGGCAUGUGAUGCACUCCGACAGGACCUCGUCACCUACGGCAUCAAUGUUAAGGACAGAGGCAGUGCAGCCUCCACAUGGGAGCUGCUGGAUCCAAGGACAAGACACCAGAAGCCUGGGGACAGAGGAUGAGGCGGCUGCAUCCCACAUGCCACCACACCAUGGCAUCUGCUCUUUUGCGAUGAAAACUUUAUAUUAAAGUUGCCAAUUGUGGCUGUUUAGCCAACAGUAAAGUGAGCCUGUGCUGCCCACUGGUGUGUAUUUGGAACGACCUGGAGAGUUAACUGUGUGUAUCACUGAUGGCCACAUUUGCAACAUUCCCUUCAGUAAGUUCAUGUCUGUUCAGAAGACAUUCCUGGACAUGGUUAGCAGGCCCUGUGCCCAAGGAUUAGACAAGGGGAGCCAGAGAGCAGACCCCACUAACUAGGCAUGCAGCUGGCAGGCCACUCUCAAGAGGGAGGCUCAGCAGGCAGAGCGAGGGCCACAGUGCACAGCAGUGAACAGACGGGUAGCAGACCUGUGGCAUCUGGGCACUCCCUGCCACGCUCAAAUGCCAAUGGCACCCAGGUUUCCUGCCCUCCCCAUAGGUCUCUAACAUAUCUGCUCUGCAUGGCUCUGUCUGUUCUGAACUACUUCACUAAGUUAGCACUCGGUCACUGAACAGAAAACUAUAGGGCCCAUGGCAUCCUGUGAGCCUCAGUUAAAAACCAAACCCUGCAC